AGUUGUCAUUCUCACUACACCUGUGCUGCCGCCUCCUGGACGGACGCGACUCCUUUGCAGCGAUUGUACUAUAAGUGAACGGACAGCCUAUGAGCCCCACUCAAAGCGAGAGAACCACACACAAGGAGCGGGAUGGCGAGGAUACCAGCGCUGUACAUCCGCGUCCUUCUCGUGGGUUUCUCCCUGACUGGGUGCCUGACACUACGGGCGAGCAAAGGUGUUACGUCGCCUGACGAGGAGCGGGACAGCGAGAGCGACACGGAGACGCCGUGCGAGGUGAAAACCGUCACCGUGUCUACCCUGCCCGUGCUCCGGGAGAACGAGUUCAGCUUCACCGGUGGAGCCUCCGGGAGCGUGGUUGGAGGAGGGAGCGCUGCUGCUGCUGCUGGAGCAGGUGGUGCUGGUGGAGGAGGAACCGGAGGAGGUGGAGCGGGGGGAGGAGGAGGAGGAGGAGGUGGAGGAGGGAGCGAAUCCCGGCUCCUGUUAUUCGUUCGAACAGACCUACCUGGCCGAAUUUCUGUAAUGGAUGAUCUGGACAACACAGCUCUUCCCUACUUCACACUCGAGAUGUCAGGUACGGGAGAGGAGAUUUCUCAGGUGCACUGGAAGCAACAGUGGUUGGAAAAUGGGACGCUGUACUUCCACGUCUCCAUGACUGAGCCUGAACUCUUGGCACAGACGACACAGCCCACAGCUCGGGAGCCAGCUCAUGCACUGCACGAGCACAUGCAUCUGCUUCACAUCUCAGUUAUGGGGGGACUCAUUGCCCUUCUUCUCCUAAUUCUCCUCUUCACCCUUGUCCUGUACACCCGUCAUCGAUGGUGUAAGCGUCGCCGGAUCCCGCAAAAAAGUGCCAGCACAGAAGCCACUCAUGAGAUCCACUACAUCCCCUCCGUCCUGCUGGGUCCGCAGGGCCGUGACAGUUACCGGGGCUCCCGGGGCACUCACCAGCAUGGCAGCUCUGUCAUUGGAAUGCCUAUCCGCGAGACUCCCAUUCUUGAUGAUUACGAUUGCGAUGAAGAGGAUGGAGUUGGACACUCGCUUAACUCCACACCCAACCAGCUCCACAACAAGUUCAACGAUGGGAAGAUUCUCGAUGAAUAUGGAGUUAAUGUUAGCAUUGGAGGACAUGCAGACAUCAUGUGCAAGGAUGACAAUAUCAAACACAACUUUGAAAAAACAGCUAUCGAAGCAAACACUGACUCAAUAGAGGAUUUGAUGCAGAGGUUCCAGGACAACUUUCGUGUUCCCAACACACCAACCAACAUGUCCCAUUACCAGCAUACCGUGCACAGCUCAUCAACAGGCCGGCGGAGGCUCUCCAGCCGCACCAGAGUGACUGGAGGUGUGUAUGGUCCCCAAGAGGAAUCAAGUUCAGAGCCUGAAGAUGACAAUCAAAUGAAGUUUUACACAGAGCAGAACAGAGGACGAAGGCGCAGUAAAGGCCACUCACAAAGUCCCCUGAAUAAGGUCACCCUGACACUGAUUACCAUCAGCACGUGUGUCAUCGCCAUUGUCUAUGCUACACAGGACUCCUGCCCUCUUACCGUCAAGGUUACUCUCCAUGUGCCAGAGCAUUUUGUUGCAGAUGGAAGCAGUUUUGUGGUGAGCAUGGGCAGCUUCCUGGAUGUCUCCAACUGGCUAAAUCCAGCUAAGCUAACGCUUUACUAUCAGACCAAUUCAUCAACACAGUGGGUCCAUGACUACUGUGGCCAAAGGACGACUGAGCCCUGUGAACAGAUUUGUGACCAGGAGACAGGAGAAUGUAGCUGUCAUGAGGGUUAUUCCCCUGACCCUGUCCAUAAACACCUCUGCGUUCGCAGUGACUGGAGUCGCAAUGAAGGUCCUUGGCCAUAUGCUAACUUGGAGAAAGGUUAUGACCUAGUUACAGGAGCACAGGCCCCAGAGAGAAUCUUCAGAUCAUUCUACAGUUUGGGCCAAGGGUUGUGGCUCCCAGUCAGUAAAAGCUUUGUAGUACCACCAGUGGAAAUGUCAAUCAAUCCAAUUGCCAGCUGCAAGACAGAUGUGUUGGUUACCGAAGAUCCAGGAGAGGUCAGGGAAGAGGCUUUGAUGUCUACGUACUUUGAGUCAGUACAGGACCUGUUGGCGUCCUUUGGACCUGUUCGUGACUGCUCCAAAGACAAUGGUGGCUGCAAAAAAAAUUUCAAGUGUGUCUCUGAUCGACAGAUGGACUCCUCUGGUUGCAUGUGUCCUGAGGGGUUGAGACCAAUGAAGGAUGGCUCAGGUUGCUAUGACUACUCCAGAGGCGUUGACUGCACGGAUGGCUUCAACGGAGGUUGUGAACAGCUGUGCCUUCAGCAGCUUGUACCUCUUGAAGAUGACCCCACUUCCAACAAUGUUCUUAUGUUUUGCGGGUGCGUGCAGGAGUACAAGUUGGCAGGAGAUGGGCGCUCCUGCGUUCUGCAGUCAGAGAACUGUGAGGGACAAAAAUGCCUGAGGCAAGAUGUCCACUUCAAUGACACUCUGUUUGGUGAGAUGCUGCAUGGAUACAACAACAAAACGCAGCAAGUCAACUUGGGACAGAUAUUCCAAAUGACCUUCCGGGACAACAACUAUAUUAAGGACUUUCCACAGCUAGCCGAUGGUCUCAUGGUUAUCCCCUUGCCAGUCGAGGAACAGUGUCGGGGAAUCUUGUCGGAGCCAUUACCCAACCUGCAGCUUCUAUCAGGCAAUGCCCAGUUCAGUGAAGCGGUAGGCUAUCCCAUGGUUCAACAGUGGAGGGUGCGCAGUAAUCUUUACAAAGUCAAACUCAGCUCGAUAACCUUAUCCACAGAAUUUUCUAAGGUGCUCAAGACGCUUUCAGGUGAGAGCACACGCGAGGAGCUCCUUGCUUUUCUCCAGCAGUAUGGCAGCCAUUAUGUGUCAGAGGCCCUUUAUGGCUCCGAGCUCAGCUGCAGCAUCUACUUUCCCAGCAAGAAGUCCCAGCAGCAGCUUUGGCUGCAGUACCAGAAAGAGGCAACAGACCAGGGAGUCGGAGGCGUAGGGCGACGGGAGAUUAAGUCUGUUCCCUUUAUCAACUACUUGUUAGCUCUACAGAAGAGCCAGCUGCUGUCAGAUGACCUGGUAAAUGGCGUAGAGAUCCGCUUUGAAGAAAAGGGCAGCUGUCCCUCUGGCUGCCACCUGUGCCAUCACCAGGGCAUGAUGGGAGGAGGGUCAGGGAGAAGCCGUAAUGGUAAUGGUAGGAGUGGGGAACAGCCUUCUCCUAUCCCUGUCCUCCUUGAAGUCAGCAGGGUUGUGCCACUCUACAGCCUGAUCCAAGACAACAUCACCAAAGAGGCCUUCAAGAGCGCCACAAUGAGCUCAUACUGGUGUGCUGGAAAGGGCGAUGUCAUUGAUAACUGGUGUCGCUGUGACCUGAGUGCCUUCAGCAAAGACGGCCUGCCUAACUGCAGUCCCCUCAGGCAGCCAAUAAUGCGUCUAGCCCCUAACUUGGAGCCCUCAAGCACAACAGUGGCCCUGGAAUGGAUGGAUGUGGAGCCACUUAUUGGCUGCAAAGUUUCUGACUACAUCAUUCAACAUAAACGUGUGGAGGAUCCUUCAGAAGCAGAAAUCUACACAGGUGAGGUUCUGAGCUUGAUGGAUGAUGUAUUCUCUGGUUUGAGCUCAUCUUGUGUUGUUGCGGGAAAAAGGACCGGAGAUCACCCCCAGUCUGUGGUCUAUUCGGUUGUCUUCAAGUGCCUGGAACCUGACAGUCUCUACAGGUUUACCCUUGCUGCAGUGGAUAAUCGAGGCAGUCACACAGAGUCAAGCUUUGUCUCUGUACGCACAUCUUGCCCAGUGGUGGAUGACAGUCGUGCAGAAGAAAUAGCCGACAGGGUGUACAACUUAUACAAUGGCUACACCAGUGGAAAGGAACAGCAGAUGGCCUACAAUAUGCUGAUGGAGAUUGCCCCUCCGCUGCUUUAUAGAGUCCAGCACCACUACAAUUCCCACUAUGAGAAGUUUGGGGACUUUGUGUGGCGGAGUGAGGAUGAGCUGGGCCCCAGGAAAGCAAACCUGAUACUUCGUAGGGUGGAAACGAUCAGCCUCUAUUGCCGAUCCCUCCUUCGCAGUACCCACAUCCAAAGUCGCACAGACACAAUGGCAUAUAUCUACUGCAGGAGCGAAGAGGGUGGACUUCCCAGCAUGUGGCAUGGUUCCUUACAUGAAAGACAUGCUCUGUGCAUGGAAAAGCUCAUUUCUUUACAGCGCAACACUUACAGUAACACCAAACUCCGGUGAGAGACAAAUGGAGAGAUGAGCACACAUCAUCUUUUUCUGCAAAAUGACAUCAUUGAUUAUUGAACCUCAUUGGUACGCUCUGCAGCAAGUGUCUCUCACAUGACUGGUGCAGUUUAUAAAACCAGGAGAGCCUUCGAAGAAUCCUCAGAAAUCACAGAACAUCUUGUUAAAGCUACACAAAAACAUAUUUUUGUGUGGCAUACUUUCAUCAGAAGAAAGAAGAUAUGGAAGAGUUACUGGAGUGGACAUGCUUUUCAGCUACAGAAUCCCAGUGAUUGUGCACAUUAGUAAGGAAAUGCAGUAUAAGUCUGUAAAACUGAUAGUCAAUCAAAAGCAUAAAAAAGAAAGACAAACAAAAAGAGUGGUUGGCUUCAAUAUCAUGAAUGUAAUAAUAUGGUUUGUUUUUGGUGCUUACCUUGGAUACUACAAAAGAAAAAGGAUAUAAUGAUUCUGUAACUUAUUUGCCUUUGCUACUUUCAUUAAAAAAGAGAAGUGGAAUUAUGUGAAAGUCAUGUAAAAAUAAUUUAUUUUUGAAUUCCCAAUUAGUUAAGAAAAAAUAUUUUCAUCAAAGUUUUAAAAUCAUUAGGCGAGUAAUGAGUUGAUGAUAUUAAACUUUAUUAGCUUUUUUAGGGUUACAGUUGAAAAUCCUGAAGACUGGCGACUUUAUGCAAAGAUGGUUUAUCAGUAGAAUAUAAACAAGGCACUCUUGAAUUGUUCUUAAGCUUUAAUUUCCUAGGUAAACUACAUACAUAGUUUUGUCAUUUUUCAUUUUCAUCUUUACUGUUCUUAAUAACAAACUACAUUUCGUAUAUAGUACUUUUGUUAAAGGAUGUUUUUAAGGGAAAGGGACGUCCUUAUCAAGAUUUUUUGGUACGGAUAGUCACAAAAAUUAGGUAAGUACUCAUACAUCAUGCAGUGUCAUUUAAAUAUAGACAUUUGUUUUCUACACAUUAAUACAACAAAUCUAUUAAACAUGUAUUACAUAAUUAAAGCAUAAGAAGUUUGAAGUGCUUGUAAUAACCAACUAUUCUCUUUCUGGUAGCCACUGCUCCCUCAGUGCUGUGCCUCUAAGGCGAGUCCUAUCCAAGGCGACAAACUAAGGCUUGAGUACAAAAUGUCCUGUGCUUCAAAUUGUCUGUCACCUUUUAAAAUCUGUUAUGUUAAAAUCUAUUGUAGACACCCACCUGCUUCACAAUCUAGGCAGUGACCUCGGACACAUCUCAGAACUCCAAAUAUCUGUAGCAAAGCUAAGAGCAGGGACAUAAGAUAACUGCCCUGAAGGUAUCAGGAAACUUUUACAGUACUGCUGUAUCAGCUAUCUGGUGUCUGGAAGUAAGGAUGUACUAUGGCUUUAGCAGCUUUAAAGGAUGAAAAAAAUAAAAGAAUGUCCAUGAUUGCAAUGGGCUUGUCAUCCUAAAGGAUAAAGUCAAGUCAUAAAGUUCUCUCCUUGACUUUUUGCUGUCCCUUGGAAUUUUAUCUCUCCUCUUUAAAGUUUCCUCUAAAAUCUAGAUGAACUUUCGCUAAGUAGGUCUUACAGCAUCACCACAAGAAUAAAGUAGAGGUUGAACUGUUUUAUUUUAUUGUUGUGUAAAAAUGUUCCCAAAACAAGGACAUGCCAGUGCAAUUGCUUGGAAUCAAUCUAUUUCAUGCCUCCAUGUCGAGAAUAUUGCCCCUUUCGACCAGCACCUCUACUGGGUGGGGUUAUCAUAUAGUGGGUAGUCCCAAAAUCUGAAAGUAUUGUAAUGUGGUUUGUAUGUAAAAAAAAAACACAACGCAACAAUGAAAACAUGGAAGUUAUGCUGAACAUUCGGAUCAGUCUGUGGCUUUUUGUCUGUCAUAAAAAAAGAAGAGAGUUUGAAACAGCUGUGGGUGGCGAGACAAAGCACUGUGGUAAAGUACAAGAGAGUGUGAGACGCAAUCAUGUUAAGCAAACAGUGACUCCACCCGCAUGCCAGUCAGUGACCAACAGUCUUCUGAUGUUACAUUUUUGUUUUUGUUUUUUCAACCCGACCUGGCAUGUUUGGAACCCCAGUGAAGUAGGUUGAUACACUGAGUUGAUGCCAGUGGAAAAGGUCCACUUAUUCUACCCUACUACCACUUUGUACAUGUACAAAAAUGACCAAAACUGCAAGGUUGUGAAAUAGCAAAAAGGGGAAAAACUUUCAUAGCUCAAUACUUUUAUGGUUGAAGUAAAAUCUUGACAGCAAGGCGACAACAUUUAACAGAAGUGCAAUCAAGCAAUGUGGUCAUUUUUUCCAAAAUGCCAUGACUGACCCUAAGCUAAUUUUUGGGAUUAGGUUGAGAUAUUCCUCAAGCUUGAAUGGCCCUGUGCUAAAAGGAUGCAUAAAGUCAGUGAUUGUUAUAAUUGACAUUGGUUGCAUCUUUUUCUCAUUUAGUCCAAUGACAUAUCUUUAAAGCCAUGAAUAUUCCUCUAAUGUGAGCAACACAUUUUACAAAAUCCUUAUUUAAUUGUAGGAAUUGUGAUAACUAUUAUAUUGUAAAUUUUCAAUUGUAAAUACUUAAAUAUAACUGUGUCAUCAUGUGGCUCUGUCUUUUUUUCUGAACAAUGUGGAGUAUUAAACAUGCAUAGUAAAAUCAGACUUUUGUUAUUUCA